AUGCUGUGUCUCGCAUCGCAGCCCCCAUCCGCAGCAGGUGAUUCAGAGACAGCAGACGCGCUCCCAGUCCAGGAAACCCUUGAGAUCGAACGAGAUGGCGUCUCAGGAGGGCAACUCUCUGGUGCUCCCGCAACAGCAACAUCACCAGCAAGACUCGCCGUCAGGUGUUCGGACCCUCACGAAGCCACUACUGGCUGGUUGCUCUCUCGCGUGCUGCAAUGCUUGACAGAGUCAGGAGAUGAGGAAGCAGCCUCCCGCGCAGUGGCGCUCAAAUGCUGCUCCCCUCAUGACGGUAGGAGGCCUCUUCCGUCAGGUGCCAGGGACUGGCUGGAUGCUCUCCUCCAAGACGGAGACAGGCCCCUCGCUCUCCUCCCCGAAGGUCUACAUGUGUGCUGCUUCUAUGCGACCCCCUUUGAGGAGCAGCUGCCUCGUGAAACUGAGCCUGGAGAUGUUGACUCCGCUGCUGCAGCCUCACGUGUUGUCGUAGAGGCGAUCCAGCCACCACUCCUUCAAGGAGCAGAGGCCCCUUUGACGCCAUGCAGCAAGGAAAUACAUGCAGAUGUAGCCGCUUCUACCCCUGCGGGUACAGGGGCCGCUACUGCUGCAGCUGCUGCAGCUGCAGCUGCUGCUGCGGCUGCAACACCCACCAUCGCCGCAGUUGCAAGGAGUCCCUCCGGAUCCUCUAGUCAAGACGGAGACUCUACAGCCUCCUCUCUCAGCUCUGCGCACGUCGUAUACCCCAUGAGCAGCCUCAACAGCAGCGCCAGCAGCAGCAGCAGUCAGCUCCCAAGGGCGCGAGGGCUUAGAGCUUCCCCCUUCCCAACACCCUCGCCGCUGAAUGACUGCCUUGUGGCCUCUAAACCUUUCUCCUGCGCUCCAAUGGGUGGCUCUUUAGAGGGGCCGUUGGUGGCUUCUGAGGCUUCUCGGACGCUGCUGCGCUGCUGCCUGUGUUGCUUCACAUUCGAGCGUCAGAUCGGGCGCGGGGGAUUCAGCAGAGUGUUUCGCGUGAGGAGCAACAAGAGCGGGAGACUGCUGGCCAUUAAAGUGCUGCAAAAAGAAAAGAUUGAGAGAGACCCCCAGCGAUUGAGAAGGGCGCUUGCAGAGAGGAAGGUAAUGGCCACUUGCCAGUCUCCUUUCAUUCUCCAGCUACUCUGCUCCUUUCAGACAGAAAAGGAGCUUUUCUUUGUUACGGAUUUCUGCCCGGGAGGGGACCUGGCAGCCCUACUACGCUGCCACAAGCGCUUCAGUGAAGAAGUGACGCGCUUCGUUGCAGUGGAGGUGCUGCUUGGGUUGCAGCACCUCCAGACGCACCAUGUGGUGUAUAGAGAUCUUAAGGCAGCCAACGUGCUCAUAGACCUAGAUGGGCAUUGCAGACUUGCCGACUUUGGAUUGGCCAAGAGGCUCACGGGGCAGCUGAAGAGGACCUUCUCUUUCUGCGGCAGUCCGGAGUAUUUGAGUCCAGAGAUGCUUCUCGGCACGGGGCACGACCACAGCGUAGACCUCUAUGGCUUGGGCUGCCUGAUUUACGAAUUGUUGGUUGGGGUCCCUCCCUUCUUCUCCUCGAACCGGAACGUGAUGUACAUGAAGAUCAUGCAGGGUUAG